AGAUUAUUUCCUUGUUUGUUGUGCAUAGUGCCUGUGAUAUCCAAUAAAAUGCAAUUUAGUUUACAUUACAUAACUCACUUGAUUUUUGCUGAUUUUUUAAAUUUUGUAAUUUUCCUUUUUGGUUCUCACUUGUUACAGUCUAUAUUACCUGUUUGUCUAUGGAUAUUUUUGUCUAUUAGUGUCCAAAAAGAAGCUUCCCAAAAAAUGAACAUCUGUUCCAUUGAAUCAGCGCUCCUGUCAACCAGUUGUGGAAAGUAUGUGUGCAUUGAAGGCAGGCGCAGGCGCAGGCCCAGGCCCAGUCAAUCUCUUGAGCUGGUCACGGAAAAUCGACAGGAAAAAGACCUUGAAAACUCAGCUAAAGUCAAGGUGUAUCAUAUUUUGUAUGGAACCAGAAAAUGCAUGGCUUUUUGCUUUGAGGUGAAUAAAAAGUCAGUUUUCCCUGUUGUUACUCAUGGUAAAGAGGUCAAAUUUAAGGUUUUACCCACAGACAAGCCGAUCACGGCAGGAAUCUUUGACCAAACGUUCUUAUUUCAAUGGGAUGAGCAAGACAGGCAUGGAGACUGGAAGAGUUUGAAAUCAGUGGCUGAACCCAGCAUGUACUUGAUUGAUGAAGAAAAUGGCAAAGAAAAGAGCAAAGUGAUCAUCACAAAUGAGCGGAGUCCGAUUUUUAAAAUCUGUUACACAGAUAUGAAAAUAGAUAAUGGGUUGCAGAGUCUCUGUAGAUCUGGCAAAUUCCAAGAGAACACGAUGAAAACUUCAUGCAGAAAGACCCCCUGGCAAAGACGGGACUCAAAACAGGGACCUUCUUGCUGCAAGAGAGCAGCACCCACUAAGCCACUGUGCUGCUCUGAAAGCAAAACCAAGAGGAUGUAAUAUCAGUGAAGAGCUGAAUGCGUUUCACAAGCUUUCACCAACAAAAGGGCUCUGAUCAGUCUGCAUCUGCUGCAGGGUCCUUUUCUUGGAUGGAUGCUGAGAACAUGUGAGAGCAAGUGGAGUGAUUUCUUUCUGGUUCUUUGAGGCAUGGCAUUUUAUCCAUUUAUUUGCAUGUUUGCCUUUUUGUUGUAACCUAGUAAAUAUUACUGACAUGCAGUUUUAGGUUCAAACUCAGUUGCAUUAUUACUAUACAAACUGGCACUGUUUAGUUUGUCACAAUGAAAGUAUUUGAGCUAAUAAUUACAUGGCUUAUCAAAAUGUUUAAAUAAGCCAAAGACGUUACACAGGAACCUAACCCUUUAGUGUCAUAUUCUGUGAAUCACAUGCCUUUCUUUCACUUUUAACUAUGUUCAAAAACUAUUUGUGUUGCUUAAUAUUCUUGUGGAAACCGUGGUAUACUACCAUUUAAAAGCUUGUGCUAAGUAA